GCAGCGUUUCGCUAGCUAGAGUUUUUUUCCCAAAGAAAAGUGCCUCGAGGGCGAACAACAAAACAAUGUUGUGGUCCUGACUAACAUUGAAUGGAUAAGCCAUCUAUUCUUGAGCACUAAUGAGAUUAGGGUGUCAUUGCAGACAUGGGUUGCAGCGGCAUGGUACCUUUUGUUGAGCUCCGUGGGGAGUGUUUUCCCUGUCAGUCCUUCAGCGCUGGAAAUGGCGUUCUGAUGCUGAACAAGGAAGACGCGGUGCAGGCGGAUGCCAGCGAAUAGAAAUUACAUGUUUUCCAUAAACUGGUUUGUGGUGUGGAUACCUAGUAGUGGUGGACAACAUGAAGUACCAGAAAUACAUAACGGUGAUACAGAUGGCUAUGGGGGUGACUGCCAUCAACAGAGACAAUUGCAUCCCUCCUAAGAGACAGAUGUGGGUGACUCCCACAGAUGGAUUGUCAGGGAUAGGUGCCACAGGGAUAGGCACCGCUGCUUCGUCUGCUGCCAUUACGGAAGCUCAGGAUUCAGCAGAAGCAGCUGCAGAAGAUGCUGCAGCUGCUCGUGCCGCUGCUUGUGCAGGUGCUAUGUGUGGUUCUGGUGCUAUAGGAGGAUGCAGUGUAAUGUUUGCCACCUCCACACUCUCGCUGCCCAUGACCCAGGGCAAGCCCUCCCUCCGCAGGAUCAAGGGCCGUAUUCACCGCAGCAAGAGCCUGGACAGCAUAGACCUGCUCGACUCCAAUAGCGCAGCGAUGGAGGAAACUGUAAUAUGGGAACAGCACACAGUGACCCUUCACAGAGCCCCAGGGUUUGGGUUCGGCAUAGCCAUCUCAGGGGGCCGGGACAACCCUCACUUCCAGAGUGGUGAGACUUCCAUUGUCAUCUCCGACGUCCUGAAGGGAGGCCCAGCAGAAGGACUCUUAUCGGAAAAUGACCGUGUGGUAAUGGUCAACGCGGUGUCCAUGGACAACGUAGAGCAUGCGUACGCAGUGCAGCAGCUUCGGAAGAGUGGAAAGAAUGCAAAAAUAACGAUCAGAAGAAAACGGAAGGUUCAGAUCCCGGUGUCCCGCCCGGGAGACAGGGAGACUAUGUCCGAGCACGAGGAAGAGGACACGGAUGAAGACGACGGUUGCGAGCCGCACAGCGGGCCCACCAGCGCCUAUGGAGCGGCGAGCGGUGGCACGGCCAGCAGGCGGACGAACGACCGCGAGCGUGAACGCAGCAACAGCAGCCGGCGGGAACACAGUGCCUCGCGAGAGAGGAGCAUCUCGCCCCGCUCUGGCCGAUCCCAAGGCUCCUCUACACCGUCCCGCCCCGCCAAAGUCACCCUUGUCAAGUCCCGUAAAAAUGAAGAGUAUGGUCUGCGUUUGGCCAGCCACAUCUUUGUGAAGGACAUCUCCCCAGAGAGCCUAGCAGCACGGGACGGAAACAUCCAGGAGGGAGACGUGGUGCUGAAGAUUAACGGCACAGUGACCGAGAACCUGUCGCUAAUAGAUGCUAAAAAGUUGAUUGAGAGGUCAAAGGGCAAGUUAAAGAUGGUGGUCCAGAGAGACGACAGAGCCACGUUGCUCAACAUCCCCGACAUGGAUGACAGCAUUCCCUCCGGCAACAACUCCGACCGAGACGACAUUUCAGAAAUUCAUUCACUGACCUCAGACCAUUCCACUCGAUCCCAUGAUCGAGCACGGGGCAGUCGAUCCCGCUCCCCUACCCGGUCUGAGCCCUCGGACCCCUCCCGACACUCACCACGGCAGAUUAGCAAUGGCAGCCACAGAAGUCGAGAUGAGGAGAGGAUUUCCAAGCCCGGGGUGAUGUCGACUCCUGUUAAAGGUUCCCAGGAGGCCCUAAUCCAGGCCAUCAGCGACCAGCCACUGGCCAGAGAGGACAAACUGCCCCCACUGCCAGAACCAAAGCCAGUGUAUGCCCAGCCUGGCCAGCCUGAUGUGGACCUUCCAGUCAGCCCCUCUGAUGCCCCAGUGCCCAGCGCUGGUCAUGAUGACAGCAUCCUCAGGCCGAGUAUGAAGCUGGUGAAGUUUAAGAAGGGGGAGAGUGUUGGCCUGAGGCUGGCCGGAGGGAACGACGUGGGCAUCUUUGUAGCCGGAGUCCUGGAGGACAGCCCAGCUGCCAAGGAAGGUCUGGAGGAAGGAGACCAGAUUCUCAGGGUAAACAACGUAGACUUUGCUAACAUCAUCCGAGAGGAGGCUGUGCUGUUCCUCCUAGACCUUCCCAGGGGUGAAGAGGUCACCAUUCUGGCCCAGAAGAAGAAGGAUGUUUACCGUCGGAUAGUAGAGUCAGAUGUGGGUGACUCGUUCUACAUCCGGACCCACUUUGAGUAUGAGAAGGAGUCUCCGUACGGCCUGAGCUUCAACAAGGGAGAGGUGUUCCGUGUAGUGGACACCCUCUACAACGGCAAGCUGGGCUCCUGGCUUGCCAUACGCAUUGGCAAGAACCACCAGGAGGUGGAGAGAGGCAUCAUCCCCAACAAGAACAGGGCAGAGCAGUUGUCCAGUGUGCAGUACACCCUCCCCAAAACGCCAGGGGGCGACAGGGCUGACUUCUGGAGGUUCCGUGGUCUGCGGACCUCCAAGAGGAACCUGAGGAAGAGCAGAGAGGACCUGUCUGCCCAGCCGGUCCAAACCAAGUUCCCUGCCUAUGAGAGGGUGGUGCUGAGAGAGGCUGGGUUCCUGAGGCCUGUAGUGAUCUUUGGGUCCAUCGCAGACGUGGCGAGAGAGAAGCUGGCCAGAGAGGAGCCUGACCUGUUUGAGCUUGCCAAGAGUGAGCCCAAAGAUGCAGGAAAAGACCAGCGCAGCUCCGGGAUCAUUCGCCUCCACACCAUUAAACAGAUCAUUGACCGGGACCGGCAUGCUGUGCUGGACAUCACCCCCAACGCUGUGGACCGUUUGAACUACGCCCAGUGGUACCCCAUCGUGGUGUUCCUCAACCCAGACAGCAAGCAGGGCGUCAAGACCAUGAGAACCAGGCUGUGCCCCGAGUCCAGGAAGUCAGCCAGGAAACUCUACGAGAGAGCCCUCAAACUGAGGAAGAACAACCACCACCUCUUCACCACCACCAUUAACAUGAAUAAUAUGAAUGACGGGUGGUACGGUGCCCUGAAGGAGACCAUUCAACAGCAGCAGAACCAGCUGGUGUGGGUUUCAGAGGGAAAGGCGGAUGGUGCUCCAGAUGAUGACCUGGAUCUGCACGAUGACCGUCUGUCGUACCUGUCGGCUCCGGGCAGUGAGUACUCCAUGUACAGCACGGACAGCCGCCACACCUCCGACUACGAGGACACGGACACAGAGGGCGGGGCCUACACCGACCAGGAACUAGACGAGACGCUGAACGAUGAGGUGGGCCUGCCCACUGAGCCCGCCAUCACCCGCUCCUCGGAGCCCGUCCGAGAGGACCCGCCAGUAAUCCAGGAGCCCCUGGGGUACGGCGGGUACCAGCACACAGUGCAGCCCGACCCUCUGAACCGGAUCGACCCAGCCGGAUUCAAGGCACCAGUGGCCCAGCAGAAUGAGAAAGCAGAGGCUGUUCCGGCCACCAUGCCUAUCCUCCCUCAGCAGCCUGAGCAGCCUGUGUUACUGGCUGAGACAGAGGCAGUGCCCCCUGCUGUCAACAACACCGUAAAUGGUGUAGCUGGUUUGAGCCAUGGUUUAAGCCUUGGCCCUAUCGCUGCUCCCCAGAGCGAACCCAGUCCAGGCCCCGGCCCCGAGGCUGACUGGCUUAGGAUGCCCACCCCUGAUCUAGCUCAGCCCCUGGCCCCGGCCCCAACGCUCGAACCCGAACCCCUACAAUCCGGACCGCCCAGUUCAGAACCACAGAUGUACAAGAAGGAACCCUACCUGGAGGAGCCAAUCAGAGUGAACCAAGGUGGUGUAAAGCAGUCUCCGGCGAUGGGGCCUCCCAUGACCUACGAGUCCCAGCCUCCGUACCAGGACCAACACCCGUACAGAGAUUACGAUCACCCACCCACCCGCUACGACGGGGGUGGCUACCUCGAACCAAAGUAUCGUAACUUCGACUCUCAACUGCACCACGAGAAAAGCGUGCCUCACUACGAUGACCAGUGGCCUCCUUACAACCAGCAGACCUCUGGCCCACCACCCCACCAGCAACAGCAACCUCCUGGGCAUGGCUACGACCCCCGGCUGUCCUACGAAGACGGACCCAAGCAAGACUACAGCCCUCCUCAGCCGCGCUAUGAUGAGGCCCCGCUGGGCUACAACGGACGACCUCGCUACGGAAAGCCUGCAGGACCAGGACCCAUCCGCUAUGAUGAGCCUCCUCCAUCCGGCCCAGGGGGCUACGGUCCUCUACGUUACGACCAGGAGCCUCACCCGUAUCCCCCUGCAACACGCUCUCCAGAGCCCCCUAAACAGUACUACCAGGGGGAGCCUGCCCAGCGGCCAGGACCUGGGCCGGCCUACAACCAGGCACCACCUCAGCAACGGGGCUACAAGCUCCCGCCCCAACAGUACGAACCCAUCAUGAACUUUGACGCCCCCGUGCCCGCCCCCAAACCACAACCAGAGGCUCUCCGUCCCUCACCUGGGGACACGGUGAUCACUACAGCCCCCAAUCUCCUUCCCCUCCCCCCCAGAGUGGAGCCGGAGGACGACCCGGCCAUAAGGGCCCAGUCGGUGCUGUCCAGGGUCAAGAUGUUCGAGAACAAGCGCUCUGUGUCUGUGGACCGAGCCAAGGAGGCAGGGGACACCUUCGGGCUCAGGUCAGCAGAUCUGCCCACCAAACCAGGUGCGUGCAUUCCUAAAGCCAACUCGCUUAGCAAUCUGGACCAGGAGAAGUCGUUCAGAGUCCCUGAGCCUCAGAAGGCCCGAGAGGUGUCCGAUGAUGACAUAGUGCGCUCUAACCACUAUGACCCAGAUGAAGACGAGGAGUACUACAGGAAACAGCUGUCCUACUUUGACCGGCGCAGCUUGGACGCAGGCAAGGCACCUCCUCAGACAACACCUGUCAUCGUAACCAAACCUGCUGCUCAACCACAAGCACAUCCCGGAUACAACUACCCAAGGGCAGAGUCAGUGGAAAAGGUCAGUCCUGUGGAGAGGAGAUAUGAACCCGUUCCCCAGGUUACCCCCGCUGCCCCACCUGCCAUACUACCCAAACCCACCUCAUCUGAGGAUCCCCAUGACUCUCCCAAAGCAGACACAGUCACGACCAACUACCUGCCCCAGAAGAGUUACCCUGAGAAGUCUCCAGUGAACGGUAUGGCAAUGAAGGACCAGCCCAAGGCCCCGGCCAAUACUAGCUACAACCGCUACGUCCCCAAGCCCUACACCAACUCCGCCAAGCCCUUCGAGAGGAAGUUUGACAGCCCCAAGUUCAACCACAACCUGCUGCCCAACAACAAAACAGACCUGACCCCAGCCAUCAAGGCCCCAGCUAACAGCACAGCCCCAGCCAAGCCCCAGAUCUCCCCCCAGCCUACAGACCUGGACUCUGGCAUGGACACCUUCACACGCACCAUGGACAACAGGUCCAAGUACCAGCACAACAACAUCAACGCUGUGCCCAAGGCCAUCCCUGUCAGCCCCAGUGCUCUGGAGGAUGAUGAUGAGGAUGAAGGUCACACAGUGGUGGCCACGGCCCGGGGGGUCUUCAACUGUAAUGGAGGGGUGCUGAGCUCCAUCGAGACGGGUGUCAGCAUCAUCAUCCCACAGGGGGCCAUCCCCGAGGGCGUAGAACAGGAGAUCUACUUCAAAGUCUGCCGGGACAACAGCAUCCUGCCCCCCUUGGACAAGGAGAAAGGAGAGACCCUGCUCAGCCCGCUGGUGAUGUGUGGCCCUCACGGCCUCAAGUUCCUGAAGCCUGUGGAGCUGCGUUUACCUCACUGUGCGUCUAUGACCCCAGAUGGUUGGUCUUUUGCUCUAAAAUCCUCCGACUCCUCGUCGGGUGAUCCCAAGAGUUGGCAGAAUCAGUCUCUCCCUGGAGACCCCAACUACCUUGUGGGAGCCAACUGUGUGUCUGUGCUCAUCGACCACUUCUGAAGAGUGCAACAGCUGGCCUGUUACUGAAUGUGAAACCAUGAGAAAGGAUGGAUAAUACACACACACACACACACACACACACACACACACACACACACCAUUUAUCCAGGGGUGGACCAUACACAAUGAUGUAUUUACACCCAGUGCUCCAGUGUUGUUUACUGUGCCCAUGGAAGAUGGAAGGAGACUGAAGUUGCCCCUAUGUGCUGUCCUUUAACUCUUUCCGAGUUCUUGAAGAAAAUACAAAACACACAACGAUUUAACCAGUGAUGGAAUGCAUGCCCUGUGCCACUGAGUAACUCAUCACAUUAUACGCAAAGUUUUAACUUUUAAUUGUUACAUAACAGGAAAAUGGUUUGAGGUUUUUACUUUUGAAGUAGAUGGACAUACAUGUAGGUGUAUUUAUACUAUAUAUGCAUACAGUAUAUAUAGUAUAUGGUAUAAAUAUAAUUUUAAAUUCAAUUCUAGAAAUCGUAAUUCAAGAAUCAGACCUUUUUUGUCACCGUUUGAAUUAGCUGACUUGGCGGUUAAUUUGACAGAUUUGUGAUGGUUUUGAAAUUCUGUGCCAGGGAGGUGGGCAGUAAAGUGAUGAUGUCAAUGCAGAGCCACAUUUUCUAAAUGUAUGGCUCUGUGGUAAUGAUUAUGGUGAUAGUGAAGUAGGCAAGCAUCCGCAGAAGAGAAAAUGAAGAUGAAGGUGGAAUACUUUGAGGUGGAUUUAAAGCCUAACUCAAUGCCUCGAACAUGUUCAUCCUGUGACUCGAAUGGCUCUUCCUUCCUUUCCUUUUUUCUUUCUUUCUGUAAACUGACCUUGGAUUCACUUUGUAUUGAGUACCAGAAUUCUACUCCUGCUGUAUCAAGAUCUAUGCAUGUGCUAUGACUCAGGUCCAGAAGCCUGCUCAGUUCUCCCUCACCAUGUUAAAACCCUCUUACAUUAACAAGCAGUGAUGCCUUAUCUGCAUAUUAUUCACUUUUUCAGUAAAAACCUCUGGGUUCUUCUAAGUUAUGAUGAUAAAUUAUGGACAAAUGAAGUUCUCUUGCCAUUUUGUCAACCCACUGUAUAAAUGAACUUGGGUUUAGCGCACAAGAACAAUUGAAGCGAAUAAAGGUAUUCUUUAUCUGCUAUGAAUAUGACUUCAGAAGAAAAAGAAAAACAUGACAAAAAGACAAGUGGCUGUACAUAAAGUUAGCAUAUGGCCUUGGUUCUUGGUUUGUAAAUUAACUUUUGUAUGUCUUUGUUAUUUUGUAUAAAACUUAGAGAAAACUGUUUAAAAAAAUAAUUGAAUUGACCAUGGUUUACUUUCUAAUCUGGUUAUACCCUUGAGCCUUGGAACUUGUAACUAUUAGCAGUAAUAAAAUCCACAUUUUCUACCAAUAUAUUCACACUACAUAUAAAUAAUAAUUGUCACACAAUCUUUUUAUGGUUAUUUGCAAAAGAGGAAAGUGCUUGGGUUAAACAACUUUUCAAACCUGUUCUUUAAAAGGGUGUGCUCUGUCUCCCUCAUAAGGGUGUGCUCUGUCUCCCCCAUUUAUUUGUGAUACUGGAUGCUGUAUUAUUUUGUGCCCUGAAAUGUAUUUUUGUACUAAUAGACCAUAUAUUACGGCACACCAGUACUAUUUUCUUUAUAUAUGAUAACACAGCUUCAAUUGGAUAUUAGCUCUUCACGUGUGGCUGACUUUUUUCUCCUUUGUGACACAAUUUUAAGUAUACCACUGUAUUAAUGAAUAAAAACAUUUUUAAAGUAAA